AUGCUGACGUCAUCCAUCUCCGCCAUCACUCCCAGCCCAAGCUGGCCGUCUGAUAAGAUCAAGGGCAAGGAUUGCUGGACAGACAUUGACUACUGCAAGCAGAAGGGAUUGUGGUAUUCAUUAUCGAAAACGCUGGUGGAGAAAGCUGCGUGGGAAUUUGCCAAGGAGAAGGGGCUGGAUGUGGUUGUGGUGAAUCCGGGCACGAUGAUUGGCCCUGUUAUCUCGCCCAGGCUCAAUGCUAGCAUGUUAAUGCUCCUUCACAUUCUUGAGGGCUGCACUGAAACAUAUAAGGACCAGAUCUGUGCGAUGACUGAAACUAUAGCCCGAAUCAACGAGUUCGAUGAAAAGUUGAAGUUGUUUGAGCUUGUGUGA